CCGCGGACCCUGCGGAGUGUCCUGCUCCAGUGGCCACGCUGGGGCCGAGGCAGGGGAGGGGACGCAGGCGAUGGUGCCCGCGCUGCGUUACCUGGGCACUGCCUGCGGAUGGGCCCGCGCAGGUUCCCCCAGGGGCAUCCCCGCGACGUGCGGGCCCGCGCUGGGCAGGCCGCAGCCGCUGUGCCAGGGUGCCCGCAGCGCCAGCACUAGCUCAUUUGAUGUAGUUGUUAUCGGUGGUGGAAUUGUGGGGCUUGCCUCUGCCAGAGCACUCAUCCUGCGACAUCCAGCACUUUCCAUUGGUGUCCUGGAAAAGGAGAAAGAAUUAGCUAUUCACCAGACUGGACAUAACAGUGGUGUCAUACAUAGUGGAAUUUAUUAUAAACCGGAAUCUCUAAAAGCUAAAUUAUGUGUACAGGGUGCAGCCCUCAUCUAUGAGUACUGUAACCAAAAGGGAAUUUCUUACAAGCAGUGUGGCAAGCUUAUAGUAGCUGUCGAACAAGAAGAAAUUCCCAGACUUCAGGCCCUUUAUGAGAGAGGCCUGCAGAAUGGUGUCCAGGGCCUGAGGCUGAUCCAGCAGGAGGAUAUAAAAAAGAAGGAGCCAUAUUGUAGGGGUCUAAUGGCUAUUGAUUGCCCAUAUACUGGCAUUGUGGACUAUCGUCGGGUGGCUUUGUCAUUUGCCCAGGAUUUUCAAGAUGCGGGUGGCUCUGUUUUGACCAAUUUUGAAGUAAAAGAUAUUGAAAUGGCUAGAGAAAGUCCUUCAAGAAGUGAAGAUGGGAUGAAAUAUCCAAUUGUUAUAAGGAAUACAAAGGGAGAGGAAGUUCAAUGUCAGUAUGUUGUGACAUGUGCAGGACUUUACUCGGACCGUAUUUCCGAGCUGAGUGGCUGCAGUCCCGAUCCGCAAAUUGUACCAUUCCGAGGGGAUUACCUGCUGUUGAAGCCAGAAAAAUGCUAUCUUGUGAAAGGAAAUAUUUAUCCGGUCCCAGAUAGCCGGUUUCCUUUCCUAGGAGUUCACUUCACACCAAGGAUGGACGGCAGUAUUUGGCUAGGGCCUAAUGCCGUUCUUGCCUUCAAACGAGAGGGCUACAAACCCUUUGACUUCAGUGCCCGAGAUAUUACGGAUGUAAUUACCAAGAGUGGCUUGAUUAAACUGGUGUCCCAGAAUUUCUCCUAUGGAGUCAGUGAGAUGUAUAAAGCCUGUUUUCUCAGUGCAACAGUGAAGCACCUUCAGAAGUUUAUCCCUGAAAUUACUGUCCGUGAUAUCCUUAGAGGUCCAGCUGGAGUAAGAGCACAAGCUCUGGAUCAAGAUGGAAAUCUGGUAGACGAUUUUGUAUUUGAUGGAGGAGAUGGGGUUAUUGGAAAUCGCAUUCUUCACGUGAGAAAUGCACCUUCCCCUGCUGCUACUUCGUCCCUUGCAAUUUCUGGAAUGAUUGCAGAUGAAGUACAACAAAGAUUUAAACUGUAAAUAAUGAAAGGAGCUAGCUACGCAUUUUGAUCUCCACAUUCAGCAACAUCCACAAGAACGUACUAAUUGAAUUCUUUAAUUUUUAAAAAAUGGUUUGAAAGUAGCAUUUUUAGUUAUCUCAUUUAAUAACCACUGAAUUGUUAAACUGAUAUAACAGAGAAAUAAUUUUUUAAAGUCCAUGUUCUUUUACUUAGAGAAUAAAGAGAAAAGGUACAGUUGUACCUUUUCCUGAAUCCUUGA